AUGCUCGCCAACAUGACUGAAGCAGAACCAACUUUGGCAGCAGCUGAGAAUGCAGGUGCAGGUGCUUGGGUGCUGAUGCCAGCAGACUGGGUCGCUUCGAUGACGGCAGGGCUCGGCUUAUAUUAUGGUGGCUUGGUCCAAGACACCCACAAUCUCAAUACCGCGAUGAUAAGUUUAGUCUUUCUGGGCAUUGUCACACUGACUUGGAGGACGUGUGGCUUCUCAUGGGCCUUUGGAGACGAUGGUGAUGCUGGUGUUGAUGAGUUCCUUGGCACCUUUGACUGCGAACUUUGGACGGGUCUGGGAAAGGACACGAUUGGACAUCCAGGUUUUGCGUUCGGAACAAUCCAGAUGACCUCCCAUUCCUCCUGCCAUCAUCUCUGGAUCCUUCGUGGAACGCAUCUAGUUGCCGGUGCAACGCUUGGCGCAUGCAAGCACGUCGAGAAGGACUAG